CUUAACUCGAGAAUUGGAAGAAAGGAAACCGCUAAUUUCACUUGAUACUUAAAUAAUUUAUUUAAGAGUAAUGAAAUAAAAACAAAAAAAAAAAAAGCCUCACCAACUUGGAGAUGAGAGAGGGAUUGGAGCGUGGAAUUUCUGCCAGCUUUCUUGGGACCCAAUUAUCAUCCAACGGCAUAUAAUUAUUCCGUACGUGACACGUGUAGAAAUCUAAGGCCUCAACCAAGAUGCGGCGAUUCGUAAGGAAUCGUCGGUCUAAGCCGGAAUCUCCGGGUGUAACAUCAAAUUAAAAUCUAAAAACAUACUAAUGUUAAAGAAAAACCACGUAAUUCACACACUAAAAAAUAAAUUAGAAAAAAAAUGAUAUAUGAAAAGGUAAAAAGAGGAUACCAAGGUAGUCUUAUAAAAACGGGAUUCCUGGCAUUUUAUGUGAACUGAAAUUCGAACUAUUUCAGCUUCAUUUUCUUCUCCUCUAAUCCAUAGCUUCUCCCUCUCUCUAUCUGAGCUUUUAUUUCUGGUUGUCAAUGGUCGAUUUUUCAGUAUUUACAAUACUCUCUGGUUGAUUUAAAGAUAUCAUUUUUCAGAAAUGGAUUCGGUGAAGUUCUCAGAGCAUCGAACAGUGACCGUUGUUAAGUCAUCGCAGUCGAAGAAGCAUGACUUCAGAGUCGUACGGAUUCAUGUAACGGACGAUGAUGCCACGGACUCUUCAAGUGGAGAAGACGAAGACUGCCGAGAGUCAUCGGUGGCUGUGUUGAGAGUGAAAAGGCAUGUGAGUGAGGUUAGGUUCGAGGAGUAUUGUCCCAACAGUCGACCAGAGGUCCGGAACUCGAAGCUUAAACCGGCCAACCGUAGCGGAGCUCGAGCGUGCAAAUCAACGGCUGCUGCGACGGAGCAGUACUUCCCCAAUGGUCCCAAAUUCAGGGGAGUUCGGCGGCGGCCCUGGGGGAGAUGGGCGGCGGAGAUUAGGGACCCGUCUCGGCGGACGAGAGUUUGGCUUGGCACGUUCGAUACGGCGGAGCAGGCUGCCUUGAUGUAUGAUGAGGCGGCGAUUCGACUCAAAGGACCUGGAGCGCAAACCAAUUUCGGGUUCGAUCCUCGGCGGGAGCCCUCAAACCCUGUCGUUGUCGUUGAGGAUCAUGAUCAUGAUCAUCGUGAUGCUGUUGGGAUGGGGUUUUCCGGUUAUGAUUCCGGGAAAGAAUCCCAAGCUCUGUCUUCUCCUACCUCUGUUCUAAGAUUUCAAAACCCACUUGAUCAGUCAAAUCCAGAGUGUACGGACUCCUGUACUCCUAUUGCUCCUACUCCUACUACUACGAAAAAUAGUACGGAUAGAAGUAGUUACUGUACACCAGCUGAACCCCAACUGGGUCUGUACCCUGCUGAUUCAGAAUGGUGUUUUGAAGAUGAUUUUUCGUUUUUGGAUUCGCAUAUCUUGAGUGAUGAUUGUUUAUAUGAAGAAGGUGCUCCACCGCUAUUCGUAGACGAUCAAGUUCAUUAUGUACCUGAAAAAAUCCCGGCUGAGGAGGAUGAUUUCGGGGGUGUUUUGGCUGAUUUGGAUGGAGAUUUUGGGUCGUGUAAAUGGGACGUCGAUCAGUAUUAUUUUUAAGACCAUCCAUAAGAAUGAGAAUGAUCCGGAAAUGAUGACCUAAACAUUGAUCUUAAUUAAUGGUGGGUUAGGAUAGGGAAGGAAAGUAGUAGGUAGUGGAGGUGAUCAAAAUCUAACGAGUUAUGAUACAUAUUGCACGACGAUUAAUUCUGAUGAUCAUUGAUCUAUUUUUGUUUUGUCUCGUAUGUAUAUUGCAGAGCAAGCUCAAAAAAAAAAAAAUUGUGUAAAUUUCUUUGUCUUGUGUUUGGGCGAUCUGAGUUAAUUUAAAAUGUCAACUUUUUGGUUCUU